AUGUUAGGAGGGUUUAUUUUGUUAAAGAUUUGCUUGUCACUGUGUUGCAGCAAAGUCACCGACAAUGCAAAGAAUUCCUUGGCCUCUCUGAAGAGAGAAAACCCUCGGCUUGAGCCAACGCUUGCCAUUAUUCAGGCACAUAAUGACCAGUUGAUUCACGAAGCAAACAAGAACUUUGCCAAAGAGAUCGGUCUACGUGUUAUUCACAUCUGUCUUCCUGAAGGCAGCACCAAAGAUGAGAUUGUCAGUGAAAUCUUGAGACUCAAUGAGGAUCCUAAUGUGCAGGGCCUUGCUCUUGACCUCCCAGAAAGCUUAUAUAGCAGUAAGGUAUUAAAUGCUGUGAAACCAGAGAAGGAUGUGGAUGGAUUAUCCAGUGUAAACCUAGGACGUUUGGUACAUGGUGAUGUUAGUGACUGUCUAGUUCCUCCUACAGUGUGUGCUGUGAUGGAGUUUCUUGAAGAUAUAGGUGGGAAGAAGGUGCUGCUGGUGGGAGUGCGUGGGGCAGAGGGUGCUGCCCUGCAGAGCGUGCUGCAACGCCAGGGAGCCGCCGUCCUCAGCUGCCACUGGAAAGCCCCACAGCUGCAGAGUGAGCUCCAUCACGCAGACGCGGUGGUGUUCGGCAGUACGAAACCUGACGACGUUCCUAUGAGCUGGAUAAAGCCUGGGGCCACCGUUAUCAACUGUGCUCAUGAUCCUCUGUCAGAGAAACCCAGCUAUGGUCAGCAGAACAACCCUGCUGCUGAAAAGAUUGUUGGUUCUCUUGCAGUAGCAAUGAGAAUGCAGAACAUGGUAAAAAACAUGGAGCGAUGGAUCCAGUCCCAGCAGUAUAGGAAGUGGAACCUCCACAGCUUGAAACUGCAACCCCUCUCCCCAGUGCCCAGUGAUAUUGAGAUUUCCCGAGCACAGAGUCCAAAAGCUGUUGAUGUACUUGCCAAGGAGAUAGGAUUGCUUACAGAUGAAAUUGAGAUCUAUGGCCAAACCAAAGCCAAAGUACGUUUGUCCCUGCUGGAAAGGUUAAAGGAUCAACCAGAUGGAAAAUAUGUUCUAGUUGCUGGAAUAACCCCUACACCCCUAGGAGAGGGGAAAAGCACAGUCACAGUUGGUCUCGUUCAGGCGCUUACUGCACACCUUAACAUUAAUUCCUUUGCUUGUCUAAGACAACCUUCUCAAGGACCUACUUUUGGAGUGAAAGGUGGAGCAGCUGGAGGUGGAUACGCUCAAGUGAUCCCCAUGGAGGAGUUCAAUCUUCAUUUGACUGGAGAUAUUCAUGCUAUAACUGCUGCAAAUAAUUUGCUGGCUGCUGCUAUUGAUGCUAGGAUCUUGCAUGAGAAUACUCAAACUGAUAAGUCUUUGUAUAAUAGGCUGGUUCCAGUAGUUAAUGGCGUGAGAGGAUUUUCUGCUAUUCAGCUUUCCCGUCUGAGAAGGCUGGGAAUACACAAGACUGAUCCUGAGACUUUAACAGAAGAGGAGAUCAGCAAAUUUGUGCGCCUUGAUAUUGACCCAUCAACCAUAACAUGGCAAAGAGUGGUGGAUACAAAUGACAGAUUCCUGCGCAAAAUAACGGUUGGGCAGGCAAACACAGAGAAAGGAUUUGUCCGUCAGGCUCAGUUUGAUAUUGCUGUUGCAAGUGAGAUUAUGGCCAUCUUGGCACUUACCACCAGCCUUCAAGAUAUGAAAGAAAGACUGGGGAGAAUGGUGGUGGCUAAUGACAAGAAAGGAGAACCAGUAACAGCAGAGGAUUUGGGAGUAACCGGUGCUUUGGCAGUUUUGAUGAAAGAUGCAAUUAAGCCCACGCUAAUGCAGACAUUAGAGGGAACACCAGUAUUUGUUCACGCUGGACCUUUUGCUAACAUUGCACAUGGAAAUUCUUCUGUUUUGGCAGAUAAAAUUGCUCUUAAAUUAGUUGGAGAGAAAGGAUUUGUAGUAACUGAAGCUGGCUUUGGUGCUGACAUUGGGAUGGAGAAAUUCUUCAACAUCAAAUGCAGAGCAUCUGGCUUGGUUCCCAGUGUGGUUGUACUUGUUGCUACAGUGAGGGCUUUGAAGAUGCAUGGAGGUGGGCCAAAUGUAACUGCUGGUGCACCCUUGAAGAAAGAAUACACAGAAGAGAACCUCCAGCUGGUAGCUGAUGGCUGCUGUAAUCUACAGAAACAGAUUCAAAUUACUCAGCUCUUUGGAGUUCCUGUUGUGGUUGCUCUAAAUGUCUUCAAAACUGACUCUCCAGCUGAGGUUGAUCUGGUGUGUAAGAUUGCAAAGGAGUCUGGAGCAUUUGAUGCCGUACCCUGCAAUCAUUGGUCAGCUGGUGGUAAAGGAGCAGUAAAAUUAGCUCAAGCUGUGGAAAAGGCAGCCAAUCAAAAAAACAGUUUCAAAUAUCUCUACAGCUUGGAGCUUCCUAUUGUUGAAAAAAUAAGGAUCAUUGCUCAGAAGGUGUAUGGAGCUCAGGAUAUCGAGUUGUCUCCUGUUGCGCAGUCUCAAGUUGAUCGUUACACCCGGCAGGGAUUUGGAAAUCUUCCCAUUUGUAUGGCAAAAACUCACCUAUCCCUCUCCCAUCAGCCUGAGAGGAAGGGUGUUCCCACUGGUUUCAUUUUGCCGAUUAGCGAUGUGCGAGCCAGCAUUGGAGCUGGAUUCAUCUACCCUCUGGUAGGAACGAUGAGCACCAUGCCAGGACUGCCCACAAGGCCGUGCUUCUAUGACAUUGACCUUGACCCCAUCACAGAGCAAGUGAAAGGAUUGUUUUGAGAAUGACAUCCAAAUUCAGAAGCCUGAAAAUUAAGAACUCCAACUUUUCCUGUUUCCUGCAAGUAGGACACAAAAAAUGAAUCUGAAAUAUUCCUGUUAUGUGUCUUUGGAGCAAUGUCAAGAUAGACCAAAGAGCAAAAGUUUACUCUUUCUUCAAACUAGUUUUUAUGAUGAAAUAUAGCUGUAAGGUUUAAA